UGCUCUGUCGCUGCAUGCUGGUGAAUGUGGGGAUGCUGCUGGUAUCGGUGAUGCUGAGAGUGCUGCACCAGACGAGUCUUUGUCUGCUCUGGGAAGGCUGGGCUCCAGCUGGCUCCCGCUAUGUGCAAAAGUCAGUGGGUCCCUCAGCACUCAGUGCAGGAGGCGAGCUGGUUGAUUGAUUGGGAUGCACACCACCAAUGCCCCCCCUCCCCCCAUCUACCCCUUCGUUCCCACCACCUCCUCCUCCUCCUCCUCCUGCCUGUUCUUGCUCAGGGAGCACAUGUGCCUCUCCUACUCUCCAUUUUUUUUUUUUUUUUUUUUUUUUUUUUUUACCCAGACCUGCUUUAUUACACACCAUGAAUACACGCCUGUGCAUGUGUAUAAACAAAGGUGCAUGCUCACACAUACAAUGAAGAAAAAAAGAUUAAAUCACAUGAAUGAAUGAAUGAGUGUAGAUUUUUUUUGCAUGAUUGGAACCAUAAGGUUUUUGCACUGGAACAUGUGUAAUCUAGGAGCAUUAAAAAUAACCAGUUGUCUGCAACAUUGGGGUUCAUGCAGGGCAACGCAUUUGCAGUCAUUACAGAUAACUGCUUAGCCAGACCAUUCUCCACACUUGUUUUUUUUUUUUUUUGCUCUAGCAGAGAGAUCCCUAACGAAUUCAUCAUUCCAGACAGAGACACAGAGAGAGAAAGAAGGAGAGAGAAAGAGAGAGAGAGAGAGAGAAAGAGAGAGAGAGAGAGAGGGCGCCUGGGGUAAAAUAUAAUUUUGACACAUUUUUGGUAUUGCAAGUGUUUUUUCUUUACAGCGUGUGAAUGAAUCUUCCCCCCAAGUGUUUGUGUGGAAGCGUGGAGUUGGAACCAAAAAAAAAAAAAAAAAAAAAAAAAAAAGGAGGCAAGAAGAAGCCUGUGUGCGUAAAAAGAAUCACCACCGACCAGCAGCUUUUUCAGGACUCCAAGCGACCAACCAACCAACCAGCCAGCCAGCCAGCCAGUGUCUGGGUGAACGUGCGUGUGCGUGUAUGUGCGCGCGCGCGUGUGCGUCCAUGCAUGCGUAUGUGUGUGUGUGUGGACCAGGCAGCUAACACACACUUAACAUUCGUUCGCAACAUGGCGUUGGAAGCGCCGAGAGACACGACGGCUCUCCAGCCGACUAAUGCCAGCUGAUUGUUAGUGGAAAAGCCAUGGAGGGGGACUGUUAUUAGCCAAAAGAGAGAAACCCUAAAAACAUUGUCAGAGAGUCCUUUUUACGCACCGUGCGGCUGGAGACAAUAGCGGAUUCCAACAUAUGCAUGUCGCUAUAACGGGAUAUAGCUGUAGACAGACGUGUACUACGCUGCUGCUGCUGCUGCUGCUGCUGCUAGGACCCCACUGGUUGGAGAUAUCAAAGGGCUGUACAUGGCGGUGGAGAGCACAAUUUGGCUGUUCUGUCUUCUGUUUUCGCUGUUUUGUGGUCCAUCCAAGCAAGAAAAGCCUGUUUCGGUGGAGCUGAGCUGCGGAGCUGGGCCCAGCCAUGUAGUGUUGGAGCCAGGUUUGCCCCUCUUGCUGGACUGCAACCUUGGGGCCAGCGAUACACCUUUCAAUGUCACCUGGCUUCAGGAUGGCCAGCGUUUGCCUCUGGAGGGGGUUGACUUCCUGCAGUAUUUGGCCAACGGAUCCCUCUUCCUGCAGCCGACCUCUAAGGAUGGCCGGUCUCCCCAGGGCAUGGAAGGGGGCUACAGCUGUGUGACUGCCAGCGCCCUUGGUGCCCUGACCAGCCGGACUGUAAAUGUUCUCCUAGCAAGUCUGUCCAAGUUCCAUCAGGAGCCAUCACCCCAAACGGUGCCCACUGGGGGAGCGGCUCGCUUCGAGUGCCAGAUUGAGGGAGUACCCACACCUCUCAUUACCUGGGAAAAGGACACAGUGGCUGUCCCUGAGGAGACAAGGUUCAUUUCCCUUCUCAACGGGGUGCUCCAGAUUCUGGAGGUGACCAAGGAGGAUGAGGGUGCCUACCGCUGUGUCGCGUCCAACUCUGCCAGGAAGGACAUCAGUCAUGAAGCCAGGCUCACUGUCACCACAGGUUUUUCUGAAGCCUUGAACGGAGUUGCGAUUGUUGCACCCCCUCAGAAUGCAACAGUCGUGCUCGGCCGUCCCGCUGUGAUGGAGUGUAUGGCACAAGGCCAGCCGAAGCCACUGGUGUCCUGGAGCAGACAAGAUGGGAAGCCCAUUUCCACUGAUGUGGUCGUCCUCGCAACAAACCUGGUGAUUAGGGACACAAGGCGUCACCAUGCCGGCGUCUAUGUCUGCCGGGCCAACAAGCCCAAGACCAGAGAGUUUGUCAUUGCUGCCGCUGAGCUGCAUGUGCCUGCCCCUCCAGUGAUUCUCCAACCCCCUGAGACCGUGUCCCUCUCCCGGGGCAACACAGCCAGGUUUGUGUGCAACAGCUCUGGGGAGCCCCCUCCAGUGUUGCACUGGCUUAAGGACGGUAAGCCCAUGAAGUCAUUCAGACGGGUGAAGACCCAGAGCCCUGGAGUCCUGCUCAUCAACCAGCUGGCGCUGGAGGACGAGGGCUACUACCAGUGCAUAGCAGACAACGGUCUGGGCACGGCCUGUGCCACUGCCAAGCUGACGGUCAUUGUGAGGGAAGGUCUGCCCAGCCCUCCUCGCCACCUCUCUGCCACGCCCUACUCCAGCACCACUGCCAUGCUCAUCUGGGAGAAACCUGAGUACAACUCGGACCAAAUCAUCGGCUACUCUGUGCACUGCCAACGCACCGCAGGCUCAGAUAAUGUGGAGUACCAGUUUGCGAUGAAUAAUGACACCACAGAGUAUCACGUCAAAGAGCUUCUACCCCAUACUGCCUACACAUUCUUUGUGGUGGCUUACUCUCCCAUGGGUGCCAGUCGCCCAUCCCUGCCUGUUACGGUAGAGAUGCUGGAGGACGUGCCAAGUGCACCUCCUCAGCUGUCUAUAGCCAGCACCUCCCCCACAGACAUCAGGCUGAUGUGGCAUCCAUUGUCCUCGCUGUACAGUCGAGGAGCUGUUACCCGCUACCGCAUUGAGUACAGCACCCUGGAUCAGGUGGACAAUGUGUUCUCAGUGGAAGUGGCGGGUAAUGAGACUCAGUUCACACUAAGAGAGCUGCAGCCCAACCAGGCCUACCGACUGAGGAUAGCAGCUGGGACAGGCGUUGGCUUCGGGGUUCCCUCCGAGUGGGCCCAGCACCAAACAUUAGCCCACUACAACCACAGCGACCACAGCAUGGUGAUCUUUGCCCCGACUGAGCUGAAAGUCAGAGCCAGAGUGAACACACUCAAUGUGACAUGGCAUCCCUCGCCCAAUCACACACUAGUCUCCGGUUACAAGCUGUCCUGUCGAGAGGUGGAGGCUGACGAAGCAACCAACGGAGAAAGAACAACGCAGACCCACACCAUCCGGCUCCGUAAGAAGGCCAGGUAUCACCUCCUCACUGGGCUGGUCCCUGACCGGCAGUACGAGGUGAGAGUUUGGGCGUUCAACAAGCAGAUAGAUGGAGCAGCUGCUGUGUGGAAGGGAAGGACAGACAAGGUCCAUGACAAAACAUCGUUGCCGCCCAUGCGGCCCCCUCCAUUGCCCCCGAGUAGCAUCCAAGCCAUGGCCAACAGCUCCACCUCCAUCUGGCUGCGCUGGGAGAAACCACGGUUCAGCAACGUACGCAUCAUCAACUACACAGUCCGCUGCAGCCCAGCGGGAACCACCAACGCCUCUCUGGUCUCCUAUUACACCAGCUCUGCUCAGGAGAUACUGCUCGGGGCGUUGAGGCCCUUCACCCGCUAUGAGCUGGCGGUGCAAUCUAAUGGAGUGGACGUGGUGGGACCCUUCAGCGGCACAGUGGAGGAGUCGACCCUGUCUGACCGGCCCUCCACACCUCCUGAGGAGCUGCAGCUGAGCGCUCUGGACUCCUCCUCUGCACUGGCGAGCUGGCGCCCUCCGCUGGAGCCUAACGGUAUCAUCGUCAGCUACAGGAUCUUGUUCAGUGGCAACCUCAGCCAGCCGGAGCACUUGUGGGAAAACCUCUCUCAGGACGGGAGCAUUACCAGUGUGGAAGUCCAGGGUCUGUCCAGUGGCACCCGUUACUUUUUUAAGCUGGGAGCGUCUACUGAGGUGGGGCCAGGGCCUUAUUCACCUGUAAAGGAUGUUCACAUCCCCCUUCAGAAAUAUGAGCUGGACAUCCAUGCAGUGACGGGCAUCAUAGUCGGUGUGUGCCUCGGACUGAUUUGCAUCCUCCUCUGCAUGUGUUUCAGCUUUCGAAACGGCAAAUCCAGGGAGGUGUCUGGGGGCCUGGACUCCACAGCUGUGACCCCUCAGUACAGGCGAGGAGGCUGCCCCGUUCCCUCCAACGUGCCAGAGUGCAGCGAUAGCCACGAGCUGGAGACACUGAUGCCCCCAGGCAGCCAAGAGUCUGGUCAGCCGCUAGAAGAGGCCCCAGAGGAGCAGAGCCUGAUGGCAAGUGCUAAUCCAGGGGAAGGGGAGGAUACCCCUGCACCUGAACCCAAGGCUGCUUGGAAUGGCUCUGUGAGUCAUAACUGGGCCAACAGAAUCACUAGAUACAGAGACACCAUAACAGAAGACUCUCCAACACUCAUUAAUGGAGCUCUCAACAUGCUAAUUACUGAUAACGGCACGGACCUAGAAGAUCAUCUGUGUACAUCCGUGUGCAGUAACCAGGUGGAGGCAGAAGUCAUUGUUCACUCAGAGCUGUCAGAACCAGGGAGGGAGAAAGAGGAGGAGGAGGGCGGCGAAAGGGAGACGGAUUCUAACACCACCAGGGCACCCUCAUUAUCAGAGGACAGGUAUUCCCCUUUGAGUCAGCCAAGCUCACCGGGAGAGGGGGAUGCUCUCGAAAAACUAUCGCUGGCCCAAAGCCCCUCGAGUCUUCCCUUGAUAAAGCUGAUGGCCAAUCACAACGGGGAGCUUCAAGGCACGGGAGACCAGCCGAGCGCAGACAUAGAGCCACGGCAGGACACGGGGCUAACCAAUGGCUUCCACUCCCCAAAGACGGUGCGUUCUGUGUUGAGGUCAGAGCACCUGGAGAACGGGGACUCCAGACAUUGUCCUUCGGCACCAGGGAAGACCAUCUCUGCCGGGCUGUCCCCUUCCCCCUUUGUCAGCUCCGGCCUGGUCCACUCUACCUCAACAGCACACAGUUAUCUGUGCCCGUAGCCCCCGCAUGUAGGGCAGCGACCCUUACACACACAUACAGACAUCAGACUGAUUUUUUUUCUUUUACGUACCCAGGAAGAAUCCCUACGGAUUAUUUUUAUGCACCUCAUUAUUGGAUUCCUUUCUCUUCUGUGCAAAGUUUUUAUAGGCAAUCCAUUGUUUCAUACGUGUGUAUAUACAGUAUACACAUAUUUUUAGUGGUAGAGUAUAUGGUUAUGCAUUCUCUGGCAUCGCAACCAUAUUUUCCUCUGGGUUUUUUUUUCUUCCUGUCUUUAGGAAAGAAAAGAGAGAUUUAACUUAACCAAGCAUAUGGAAGUAGAUUGAAGGAGGCUAUUCCCACUGUGUCGCGCAUGGCUUCGUUCCACUCACAUAUGAGAAAGCCUGCAAUAUUCUGUGAGUGAGUGAGACAGGCUGUCAUCAUGGAUGGGAGGAUCGGAAAACGCAGGCUCGACGGGUCUCCCUGGGCUUUGCCGCGUGGAUGCUACUUUACCGCGGCACUGAGGAAUAAGCCUUAAAGAAUAUCCGCACACUCUGAGAGUGCAGAACACCUGUGUCUCUCUCUAGUCUCCUGCUGUCUCAGGGUCCACACACACACACACACACACACACACACACUCUGAAACACACACAGAAAGCUAAAGUACAGCUGAUUCAACGGUAUCCCACCCAUAAAACACACAUUAACACACACAUUUCCUGACUGGAGUGUGGGGGUCUCAGGUGCCUAAUUAUUGUAGGUGCAUUUAUAACCUCUGUAUAUUUCUAUAGAUGAUUCUAUUCAGUACAAGUACAAAGUCAUCAUGAAGAAAAAACACUUAAAUGUAAAAAAAGAUAUGGAGUAUACAGAUUUGGUACACAUGAAGUAUUCUUUUCCAAAAUGCCAUAUAUCCACAUGGUGUGAUUUUUGUAAACCAGGGACACUCAGUUGAAAAGUAAAAAAAGUGUUUUUUCUGUAUUUCAGAUGGUGGAUAUCUCAUUUUGGAAUCAAAGUAUUUACAUGUUCAUGUUGGUACUGGUUUAAUUAUGUUGGUGGGAGAACUUGAGAAGAUGUUACAAGAACCCAUCUGUAGACCACUCUUCUGAUUUGGCUCCCAAUUAGGGAUGCACCAAUAACAUACUGUGCCAUUAAUUGUCAUUUAAACUCAGUAUAAUCAUUUUCUUACGUGAAACGCUGGCCAUGUUUUUAAUUAGAGUGGAAUUCAACUUGACUCUUUUGAACAUUUCCACAAUGCUAUACUCUUGCUACAAUACUGGAAAUCAACAUAAGCUGAUAUCCAAUCUGCAUUUAUCAGAUAGGAAAGGCGUUUGAUGUGGAAAAAAAUAAAAACAAAUGUGCUCCAA